AUGUCCGGAGUCGAGAAGGUGCCGAUUUUAGGCCGCGAGUCCAUCCACGUCGGAUACGGGAUCCAAGACCAUAUCGUGGACGAGAUUCUCCGCCACGAAAAGCUGUCGUCGUAUGUCAUCAUCACCGACAGCCACAUGGAGCAGGCCGCGCCGUUCCAGAAACUCAAGGCCAGCUUUGCCGCGCAGAUGCGCCAGAUGGCCGCCGGGUCCCGGCUCUUGGCGUACACGGUGUCGCCGGGCGAAAACAACAAGUCACGUGAGACCAAGGCGCAGGUCGAGGACUUUCUCUUGCAGCAAGGCUGCACGCGGGACACGGUGGUGAUUGCCGUGGGCGGCGGCGUGGUGGGCGACAUGAUCGGCUUUGUGGCCGCCACGUUCAUGCGCGGCGUGCGCGUCAUCCAGGUGCCCACGACCUUGCUCUCCAUGGUGGACUCGGCCAUUGGCGGCAAGACCGCCGUGGACACGCCGUUGGGCAAGAACUUCAUCGGCGCGUUCCACCAGCCGCGCUACGUGUUUGUGGACGUGUCGUUCUUGCUGACCUUGCCCACGCGCCAGUUCAUCAACGGCAUGGCCGAGGUGCUCAAGACCGCGGCCAUCUGGAACGAGGCCGAGUUCACGCGGCUCGAGCUGUUUGCCAAGCCGUUCCUCGCGGCCGUGUCGUCCGACGCCAUCGACAUCGCCACCAUCAAGGAGCCCUUGGUCCAGACCGUGUUGGAGUCCAUCCGCGUCAAGGCAGCCGUGGUGUCUGCGGACGAGAAGGAGGCCAGCUUGCGCAACUUGCUCAACUUCGGCCACACCAUCGGCCACGCCAUCGAGGCCGUGGUCACGCCGCAGGCGCUCCAUGGCGAGUGUGUGGCCGUGGGCAUGGUCAAGGAGGCCGAGUUGGCGCGCUACUGGGGCGUGUUGAGCCCCACGGCCGUGGCCCGCUUGGUCAAGUGCAUCGCCGCGUACGGCUUGCCGGUGUCCGUGGACGACGCCGUCUUCCGCCUGGCCAUCGGCCACAAGCGCCACUUUCUCAAGAUCGACACGCUCUUGGAGAAGAUGGCCAUCGACAAGAAGAACGACGGCGCGCGCAUCCGCACCGUGAUCCUCGAGGCCAUCGGCAAGUGCCACCAGCUCCGCGCGCACGAGGUGUCCAAGCCCGACUUGCGCGUGGUGUUGACCGACGAGACCUUGGUGCACCCCUUCGACGCGGCCGUCCUCCCGGCGCACACCACCGUGACGCCGCCCGGCUCGAAGUCCAUCUCCAACCGGGCCUUGGUCUUGGCCGCGCUUGGCGAGGGCACCGUGCGCAUCAAGAACUUGCUCCACUCCGACGACACCAAGCACAUGCUUGCGGCCGUGGCCGCGUUGCGGGGCGCGCAGAUCGCCAUGGAGGACAACGGCGACACCGUUGUGCUCACGGGCAACGGCGGCCGCAUGGUCGCGUGCGACGAGCCGCUCUACUUGGGCAACGCCGGCACGGCCUCGCGCUUCUUGACCACCGUGGCGUCUCUCGUGGUGGUAAACAAGGCCUCUGCAGACCACACCGUCUUGACGGGCAACGCGCGGAUGCAGGAGCGCCCCAUCGGGCCCUUGGUCGACGCCUUGACGGCCAACGGCUCCCGCAUCGAGUACCUCAACAGGCCCGGCAGCUUGCCCUUGAAGUUGCAGGCCGGGACCGGCUUGCGCGGAGGCCGCAUCGAGUUGGCCGCCACCAUCUCGUCGCAGUACGUGUCGUCCAUCUUGAUGUGCGCCCCGUACGCCGACGAGGAGGUCACCUUGGCCUUGGUGGGCGGCAAGCCCAUCUCGAAGUUGUACAUCGACAUGACCAUCGCCAUGAUGAGGGACUUCGGCAUCCACGUCACCGAGUCCACCACCGAGGCCCACACUUACCACAUCCCCAAGGGCGUGUACAAGAACCCGCCCGUGUACGAGGUCGAGUCCGACGCGUCUUCGGCCACCUACCCGUUGGCGUUCGCUGCCAUGACGGGCACGUCGUGCACCGUGCCCAACAUCGGCUCCGCCUCUCUCCAAGGUGAUGCCAGGUUCGCUGUCGACGUCUUGAAGCCCAUGGGGUGCACCGUGGAGCAAGGCCCAACGUCCACCACGGUCACAGGCCCUCCCCGGGGCGGGUUGAAGUCCUUGCCUCACGUGGACAUGGAGCCCAUGACCGAUGCGUUCUUGACCGCCUCUGUCGUUGCUGCCAUCGCCAACGAUGGGAAGCUCACGCAGAUCACCGGCAUUGCUAACCAGAGGGUCAAGGAAUGCAACCGAAUCUUGGCCAUGGUUGACGAGUUGCGCAAGUUCGGCGUCACCGCCAGAGAAUUGCCCGACGGUAUCGAGAUUGACGGCAUUGCCAUCGGUGCAUUGAAGACGCCUUCCACCGAAAACCGCGGUGUCCACACCUACGACGACCACAGAGUUGCCAUGUCCUUCUCCUUGUUAGCGGGCACGUGCAGCGAACCGGUAUUGGUCACAGAGAGAUCAUGCACAGGGAAGACCUGGCCAGGAUGGUGGGAUGUUUUGCAUACCAAAUUCAAGUCAACGCUCGAUGGCUACGAACCUGCCAAGAACUUGGACGACCCCAGAUUGUUGAUCAACAAGAAGAGCAACGGAGACCGCUCAAUUGUUGUCAUCGGCAUGAGGGCCGCUGGGAAGUCCACCUUGAGCAAGUGGAUGGCCAACUCUUUGGGCUUCCAGCUCCUCGAUUUGGACACUGUUUUCGAAGAGAAACACGGUGAUAUCAGAACUUUCAUCAAGGCAAAUGGCUGGGAGAAGUUCCACGAGAUCGAGGCUCAGAUCAUGAAGGAUUGUGUGGCUCAGAACUCCCGAGGCCACGUGAUCUCGACAGGAGGAGGUGUUGUCGAGGGAGACGAAUCCAGAAAAAUCUUGAAAGAGUACAUCAAGUCCGACGGAAUCGUUCUUCAUUUGCACCGUGACCUCGAUGAGACCAUUGUGUUUUUGAGCUCAGAUACUACAAGACCUGCAUACGUCAGUGAAAUCAAGGACGUUUGGGUCAGAAGAGAGAAAUGGUACCAUGAGUGUUCGAACUAUCACUUCUACUCCUCUCACUGUGACAAUGAGUCUGAGUUCAAUCAGUUGAGACACUCCUUCAUGAACUACUUGGCCACUAUUACUGGCUCGAAGAUCAGAAGCAUUCCCAACCACAGAUCUUUCGUAGCUACCUUAGCAUACGAAGACUUGAGCACCAUCACAGAGAAGUUGGAAGAAAUCACAGCCGGAUGUGAAGCUGUUGAGCUCAGGGUGGAUGCCAUGAAAAGCUUCGACCCUUCCUUUGUUGCUGAUCAAACAGCAACCUUGAGGAAAUUCGUGGCUUUGCCUAUCAUUUAUACCAUCAGGACUCAGAGUCAAGGAGGAAAAUUCCCCGACAACGAGUCCAAUCUUUUGGAGCAGUUGAGCUUUUUGGGUAUCAAACUCGGCAUGGACUACUUGGAUGUUCAAUUGACGGGUGCGGAAGGGUUUGUCAAGCGUAUCAUCAAGGGCAAGGCAUUCACCAAGAUAAUUGCGACUUACGUGGAUGUCUCUGGAAACUUGAGCUGGAAGCAGCCGGAGUACGGAAACAAGUACAACCAGGCAAUUGGAUUGAACGCGGAUGUUGUGCGGCUCAUUGGAAAAGCGUCGUGUAUUCAGGACAACAUCGACAUCGAACACUUCAGAUCAAAUAACGACCAAAUUCCUUUGAUUGCUUACAACACCGGGGAGCAAGGAAAACUAUCACUUGUGUUGAACACUAUGUUCACCCCUGUCACAAACGAGGCAGCUCCUAUUAACGUCAGCGAGGGAGUGCUUACGAUCGCAGAGAUCAACAAGUCUUACAGCGAGAUUGGUGGCUUGACCAAAAAAAGGUUCAAAGUGGUGGGUAAACCAAUUUCCCACUCUAGGUCGCCCGCUUUGCACAAUGCGGUGUACCAAAAGUUGAGUUUGCCCUACAUUUUCGACAAGUUUGAGACCGAUGAUGCAGGCAAAGUGUAUGAAGAGCUCAUGACGCAACCAGACUUCGGCGGUUUGGCCGUGACGACGCCCUUGAAAUUGGACAUCAUGAAGUAUGUCACCCAACUCAGCGAUGCUGCUAAAGUUAUCGGUGCUGUGAAUACCGUCAAGCCGAUUGAGGGACAAGAAGGCAAGUUCUUGGGCGACAAUACUGACUGGUACGGUAUCACGAACUCUCUUAUUCGGAACGGUGUGCCAUCCAUUGGAAACUACAACCUCAAUGGUUUGGUUGUCGGAAGCGGCGGAACCUCGCGCGCGGCUGCUUAUGCUUUGAACAAAUUGGGAUGCAAGAAUAUCUACAUGGUGAACAGAACCAGCUCGAAAUUGCACGAAGUCAAGAGAGAGUUGCCAACUCACUUUAACAUCACCGUGUUGGAAACCAUUGAGGAAGUUGAAGCCGCGGAGAGGGUUUCAUUAAUGGUAUCGUGUGUGCCAGCUGACAAGCCUCUUGAUGAAUCGUUGCUCAACAAACUCGAGCGUAUCUUGUACAAGGGCAUCCAGGAAAAGAAAGACGGGAUCCAGCCAGUGCUCCUCGAUGCUGCGUACAAGCCAAGAGUUACCCCCGUGAUGAAGAUUGCGAAGGAGAAGUUUGAGUGGACGGUAGUGCCUGGCGUGGAGAUGUUGGUCAACCAAGGAGUUUUGCAAUGCAAGGUGCAUACUGCGUUCACUCCACCAUACAAGGUUGCCUACGAUGCCGUUGUGAGUGAGGACUAA